UAAAAAAGGUCAGUCGAUAUAUGUAGAAAAAUUAUAAAAUUAAAUUGAAACGGAUAUUUAAUUGCCGUGCGAAUGAGGUUACUGGGGUCCCAAUUCCCCCUUCCACAACGCUGGCAACGGGCUUCUGGUGCUGCAGGCAUUUAAGGGCUACUUCGAUUGCUUACCACUAGAAUCAUACCGAAUCGUUUGCCAUUCUAUCCCAUAAAAUAUAUUAUAGCGAGAAUAGUAUAUCAGAUUACUAGUGUAUUUAGUAAAAAUAUUUUAUACUUAUGAAGACGACCGCGUAAAUAAGGAAAGCUAUCCAGUUUGUCGCUUAAGAAGUGAAAUGUUAGGGGGAAGUAAUUGAAAUUAUCUAUCAUAGAUAUAUCGGAAACUAUGAUUCAGUGCAAUGAGUAUAAAAUAAUGAUAGUGUCUAGGAUUGCAAGUCGAUGCAUCAGUCGUCAUCAUGCGUGCAGUCUUUGUGUUGUUGGCCUAAGUGCGGUUUCAGCUGUACCCACGAAGCAAUCAGUGAUUGUUGGCGGGUCAUUGGCCGUCAUUAGUCAGUACCCUAGCGUUGUUGGAUUGUUAUACUCAAGCAAUUGGAACAACUACAACCAAGUAUGUGUGGGUACUAUUGUUACAACGAAGUCUAUUCUAACUGCUGCACAUUGUGUAUAUGGUGAUGCUGUCUACAAAUGGCGAGCCCGAGCUGGAUCGAGUUUGGCUAACAGUGGUGGUACUGUCUAUGCUAUCAACUCCUGUACCAUCCAUCCCAGCUUCAGCUUUCGAACUAUGAACAAUGACAUAGCCAUCUUACGCACUGCCGUAGCCAUCAUAAAUAGCAGUGCCAAACCUGUCUCAAUUGCUGGCAUUAAUUAUAAUCUACCUGACAAUCAGGUUGUUUGGGCCGCUGGAUGGGGGACUACACUCGUUGGUGUAGCCCCCGGUGAGCAGCUCCGUCACAUCCAGGGUUGGACCAUCAACCAGAAAACUUGUGCUUCUAGUUAUGCUACCUUCGGUGCUAAUGUGACUGCAAACAUGCUGUGUUUUGGCUGGCCCUUAGGUGGCGUUCGCGAUCAGUGCCAGGGUGACUCUGGUGGCCCAAUCUACCAUAAUGGCAAUCUGGUCGGGAUCAGUUCAUGGGGUUACGGUUGCGCUAAUGCUGCUUACCCUGGAAUCAACACUCGUAUUUCCAAACUGGCUACAUGGAUUCAGACUAACGCUUAGUUUAAUGACC